UGUUCCUAAGAACACUGCAUUUAUUUUGUUUGACCAGUUUCACCUCCCAGAUUCCCAUAAAGCACAUGGUCUAAUCUGUUACCUAACAGCAAGACAGCGUCACCUCACCUGUUCUUGCCCUCGAAUGGGAACGCUGACCUGAGACUAAAGCGCAGACUACCAGGCUGAGUACCCUGGCCUGAGCCAUCCCCAGAGACCAGGAGCCUCCAACAGGGAACCUUCCAUUAUACUCUUCAAGCAACUUACAGCUGAACCGACAGUUGCAAUGAAAGUUCUAAUCUCCUCCCUCCUCCUGCUGCUGCCACUAAUGCUGAUGUCCGUGGUCUCCAGCAGCCCGAAUCCAGGGGUCGCCAGAGGCCAUAGGGACCAAGGCCAGGCUUCUAGGAGGUGGCUCCAGGAAGGCGGCCAAGAAUGUGAGUGCAAAGAUUGGUUCCUGAGAGGCCCUAGAAGAAAACUCAUGACAGCAUCUGUGCUGCCAAAGAAGCAGUGUCCCUGUGAUCAUUUCAAGGGCAAUGUGAAGAAAAUAAGACACCGAAGGCACCACAGGAAGCCAAACAAGCAUUCCAGAGCCUGCCAGCAAUUUCUCAAACAAUGUCAGCUAACAAGCUUUGCUCUGCCUUUAUAGGAGCUCUGAGCGCCUACUCUCCCAAUUAAACAUUCUCAGUCAAGAAGACAGUGAGCACACCUAGAGGACACCUUUCUUUUCCCACCUCAUUCUCCCACUGCACCCACCCCCUAAAUCAUUCCGGCGCUCUCAAAAAGCAUGUUUCUCAAGAUCAUUUUGAUUAUUGCUCUCUCUAGUGCCUUUUCUCUCAUCAUUCUUAUCCUGUGCCCUCCCCCUACCCAGGCUUAGUCUUAAUUAUCUGAAAGAUUCCAGGAAACUGUAGCUUCCUAGCUGGUCUCAUUUAAUCUUAACUACAAUCAGGAAAGUAACAAACAGACGUCAAUAAAUAUUUUUAAAAUGUAA